AUGCGCAGUCUAUUCGGGAUAUUAAAUCUCCAGUCCAUCUGGUAUUUCAAGCAAUACCCAAAUGACUGGUGGAUCUGUCGACUCGUUGUGGCAGUCAUUUGGGUCCUGGAUACCCUAGAUGUCGUGGUUAGCACUCACGCGUUAUAUUUCCUUCUCGUCGAGACUCGGAUUGUGGGCAAGUUCCUAGCUUUGAAUCAACUUGAUGUCAUUUGGAGCUGCAAGUUGCAUAUUCUUCUUGGAACCUUGGUCAAAAUAGUGGUCCAAGCUAUAUAUGCUGUACGACUGUGGAAAGUCCGACAACUCUUUCACCUCAGUCAAGUUGUACCCUGGUUUCUUGCCUUCAUCAUGGCUUGUAAUGUCGGCACCGGAACAUAUCUAGUUUACGGAGUCUACGGUGUUUCCAACUUCUCCGAUAUUUCUACUAUCAAAAGUGAAAUCAUCGCAGUGUUCUCGACAAUCACAGGAGUUACUUUCAUUAUAUCCAUUGCUAUGUGUUAUUAUCUGAACAGAAGCCGGGCCAGUUCUACGUUUCCCAGUACUAUUGCGAUGUUGGUUGCACUGAUGCGGCUGAUCCUGAUAUCUGGGUUGGUUACGAGCAUGUGCUCUACAGCCACUCUUAUAACAUUUCUCAUGUGGCCAAAUGCACUCGUAUUCGUUGCGAUCGAUCUCAUGCAACCCAGACUGUUUAUCAACUCUUUGUUAGCGAUGCUCAAUGCACGAAAGGAGCUCCGGAACAUUCAGUCUUCCGAGAUCCUCGAACCGAAAGGUGAAUCUCAGCUGAGAUUUACAUCUGAAUGCGAGUGCAGUAGAGGAACGGAGAUGCCCAUCGUUAUAUCCAUGAGGGUCGAGUCGGAAUCGGUUGAAUCGUAAAAUUUGAGUCCUAGCGCCUUAGUUUUGCAAUAAAUUAUCAGUGACCUGAAAGCUGUUAUACGCAACAACAAUGUUCUACAAUGAGCCGAUGUAUCGGAGUAGGAUGAUAUUGAAAACUUGCUCCUUUCUUCGCCAUCCACUUGCUGCAGUCCCAAACCCGAGCCAAGCUGGUUCUUGAGAAGCCUUGGAUUCCAUACGGAUGAUUUUCCCCCCUUAGUAUCUCGCUCCAAGCCUGCGGUUAUCUGACUAGCCCACAAAACUGUUUGCAGAGUCUUUAUGAGUGCUCCACAUCUCUUGGCUAUCUGACCCAUAGCAUCAACAUUGCUUUCGACAAGAAAGUGGAUGUGAACUAAACGAGGUGCUUUUUCAGGGUUCAAUAUCGCGAUGAACUAAUAA